CGGGCCGUCACGUUUCCAAUUCGGAAAGAAUAAGACCCGAUAGUGAUAUUUACACGACUGGGCCAUUCCAUUCAAGAGAGAGCGAUGGCGGUGAGACACAGAGCAGUCGCAACGCUGCCUAACCUCAUUCGGAGCCUCCGAAAGGAGUGUCCAAAGCCAGCGAGCCAAGCGGCGUUGCCGUCGCUGAGACGCGCUUUCUCUCUAUACGAUCAGAUCAAUCUCAUCGACAACGUCCCCGAAGACCAGCUUCGCUUUCAACGGUAUACGGAGACAGGCUUCACCGUAAAUGGAGUGGAUUAUGAAGGUAGCUUGCUUUGCGUUGGGAACUUGCUAAUGUCUUGGGCUCCUAAGAAAUUCCCACAGAUCACUCCAGAUAGCUUAUCUAUCUUCCGAACAGUGCGGCCAAUACCAGAGAUUUUGAUACUUGGAUGUGGGCGGCACAUUGAGCCAGUGGGUCCUGAACUUCGGCGCUUUGUUCGGUCUACUGGCAUGAAGUUAGAAGUCCUUGACUCGAGAAAUGCUACAUCAACUUACAACAUACUGAAUGAGGAGGGUAGGAUUGUGGCUGCUGCACUUCUCCCAUAUGGGAUUUCUUCUUGAUGCCCAUCCAACAUUUGAUAUGCUUUUCAUUUUUUGGAUUAUACGAGUUGCAUUUCAAUUAACCUAUUGAUAAUGCCCUUGCCUUGUAACCAGCACCGUUUGUGAUUUAUAAAGAAGAUAAACUUUUGUUUUAUGUAAA